CAACCUGCAAACCCAAACACAGCUCAGCUGUCUGGCCAAGAGGGUGGACCGCUCUGGGCUGGGAGGGGGGCACUGCUUGACCCGUCCGCCGCCCCCCACCUCUUCCACCGUGAGUGAGGCCAGCCCGCUGGCCCUGCCUCGAAGCCAAGAUGUUCAACGUGAGGACUAGCACGAGUGGCAGGCACUACAGCCCCGGAGUGCUGGUAGGCAACUGGAACGAAGACGUCUAUCUCGAAGAGGAUUUCCUGAAAGACUUUAUAUACAAGAGAGAAAGAGGAGAGCUUCUCAUCCAGAGAUCCAAAAAGUUUAAGGAUCAUUUUUACAAGACGGAGCCGCUCUCCGUUGCCAAAGAUGGAUUUGUUCACUUCGGAGACACCGUGAUGCUGGUGAACCCAGAGAGCAACCAAGCCCGUAUGGAGAAUCCCCUCUGCGUGCACGGGAAGCUGGCCCUGGCUGUUAACGCGGACGAACUAUCAGCACAUAUAACCGAUAAACUGCCAUCCCCCUGUGGAGUGACGGCGAUCACAUGCACGGCCCCCAUCGCCCGGAACGCAUUUCGGAUCUUAAGCACUGAAGGAGAGGCGAUGGGAGAACCGAUCCGGUUUGGGCAGAAUUUCGGCCUUGGGUGUACAGGAGGGUUCCCAGAUCAGAUGCUAUUUCUAGCGAGCGACCACAAGACAUUUAUGAACAUGGCUAAGAAAUCCUCUCUCCAGUCUACAUUUCUGACAGACGAACUUUCCUACCUGUGCUCUUGGCAAGCCAUCUUUCUGGAUCCCCAAUUUCGCCUGGAAUAUGAAGGUUUCCCAGUUCCUGCAAACACGAAGAUUCUUAUUAGCCACAGCCAUACAAACAAUCAGUUAGCUGUUCCCAGGACAUUCUGGACAAGGACAUACUUUGGAAAGGAAUACGAAGUCAACUGCCACACCUAUCUGAAUUCCCAUAAAGCAGAGGAAGAAAAGAAUUAUUGGCUAAUCGCUACUGGAAAUGCCAGUGAUAUUUCAACCUCAAUGCUGGAUAGACCUCAGCCUCCUUCAGAAGACACCAGAGAGCACAACCGUGAAGUUCUUCAGACAGUUAACUGUCCGUGAUUCUUUUUCAAAAAGCGUUCUGUUUUGCUAGUGGGCUUGCAAAAAACCAAGAUGUGAACACGGCAGCCAGAGCACAGAGGGAACUUUCAUGCGCCAUUCAAGCGUAACGCAAACGCCAGGAUAAUUUGAACAGCGAUUUCAAAAUGGCUGUUUAUAAUUUAAAUGGCAACGUAACAUUAUUCCAUCUUCUGUUUAAAUAUAUAUAUACCAACUGUGAAAUAUAGUAUCAGUAAAACCAAACUUGAAGCAACUUCUUCAUCCGUCUAA